AAAAAAAAUUAGAAGAAGCUAGAAGUCUGUGGCCCAGAGGUCGGCAGGGCUGAUUCGUUCUGAGAGCUGAGAUGGAUCUCUCCCAGGCCUCUCUCCUUGCCUUGUUGAUAGCCAUCUCCUCCGUUUGUGUCUUCAUGACACAUUCCUUCGUGCAUGCGUCCAUAUGAACCAGGGACGGGGCGACAGAGUUCAACCUAUCGCAGUGAAGUUCAGACUCAAGUCUCACUUGUACGUUGGUACAGACCAGGAGGUGUUUGUAAAUUAUGAAGGCAGCAAGUUAGGUUGCUUUAAGAGGAGAACAACACACAGCUUUUACUCUUAGAAGGAUGAGAUACAGUUAUUCUGCUACUGUUUCCAUAAAAAUGCAGAGACCUGUGAUCUAGACAUGCCUUCCUGGAGGAGCUCAGUGGUAGCACAAACACUUUUCCACAAGGUUACAGGAUGUUGCAGGUUCUGUUGUUAGAGAUGAUACUGGUGGGGAGGUAAUGAGUCAGCUUGGUGGCUGUGGCAGGAAAGGCUGAUGGGAAACAGAUCUCUGAUUGUCAGAGCUGGACGAGCCCUCACAACCCAUUAGUGCGUGGCGCGGUUUAUGGUUCCAGAAGCAUAGAAGCAGUUUCCCCAGGGCAAGCAGUGCCUUGUGCCCUGGUGAAAACCAGGCCCAUCCUCAUUUUAUAAGUUUCUUUCUUUCUUUUUUUUUUAUAAGUUACUUUCAGAUUGAGAAUGUUUCGCUGUCUGUUUCUCAUUGCUUCCCCGUGGUGACAGCAGAUGGGAGGCAGGCCAGGGUACAGCAUUUCCAUUGGCAGAUGCUGAGCUUCCCAGCAGUGGAGCUAACUGCUGAAGGUCACCCAGAAAGUCAGAAGUAGAAUCAGAAUUCAAAUGCAGGUCCUGACUUUUACUUCAGCCCCUCCCCAUUUUUGCAGUCUGUUUCUCUGAGUCAGAAUUUCGGCUGAUUGUUUGCGUGGUGGUUUUGCUUUCUAGAUCCUCUCGGUGCAGGACACGCUCAUCUUCACGGUCUACCCUGAGCUGUUGACUUCCCCCUUUUCCAUCUUGGCUUCCUGAGCUGCUCGUGACCUGCCCAGCAGAGGAGGUCCGAGGAGAGAGACGGUGGAGACCCGUGCGGCCACGGAACCCGGCCAUCCCGCACUUUCACACGUCAGCAGCUCCCAAGCCUGGCGCCGGCGCUGGUUCGUGCUCCGGCGGGGCCGCAUGAGCGGCAGCCCGGACGUGCUGGAGUACUACCGCAGCAAGCACGCGAGCAAGCCCAUCCGUGCCAUCGACCUGAGCGAGUGCGCCGUCUGGAGGCACGUGGGCCCUGGCUUCCUGCGCAAGGAGUUUCAGAAUAAUUUUGUGUUCAUCGUCAAAACGACUUCACGUACCUUUUAUCUGGUGGCCAAGACUGAGGUGGAGAUGCUGGUGUGGGUGUACAGCAUCAGUCAGGUCUGCAACCUGGGCCAGCUGGAGGAGGGUGCAGAUCCGGCCGAGAGCUGCUCUCGUGGGCCCCCCGCCCUCCAGCCGGCGCCCGGCAGCUGCCUUCCCAGCAGCCGCGCCUCCAGCGCCUCCAGGCCAAGAGGUGACCUAAGCACAGAUUUCAUGGCCACUGAGGACAGCAGAAGCGAGUCAGAGUUUCUGCCCCUUCCGGACUAUCUGAUUCUGUCCAACUGUGAGACUGGUCGACCGCGACAGGCCAGUCUGCCCAGCAGGUACGACAGCUGCUCGACCUCGGAGCGCUCGCUGGAGCAGGCGUCAUCCGAUGACGUCUUUGUCGACUGCCCACCGCCCGCAGCCCCCGCUGGCUCGGGCCGCCUCUUGCGCUGCGGGAGCGGCUCCCAGAAGGUGCCUUCCCUGCGGCCGCAGGCCACCCUGACGCGGAGCAGAGACAGCACUGGGCUGGCCAGGGAUUGCUGCUCUUCACCGCUGCCAGAAACGCCCUUAAAUGCCACCAUUCAGGUUGACAAGAACCAAGGUCUCCUGCCCUACGAGGCCGCAGAACGCGACCUGGCAUCCUACACGCCGCCGCCGCGCCCGCCGAAGCCGAGCCACCUCUCCGAGCGGCGCCAGGAGCAGCCGCUGGCGGGCAGUGUGCGCCCCGUCGGGAGGCCAGAAAGUGCUGCGGCACCGAGAAGGGUCUCUCUCUCCGGCUUAGAUAACGUGAGCACCUGGAAAGCUGACGUAGAAGGCCAGUCGUUAAGGCACCGAGACAAGCGGCUUAGUUUAAAUUUGCCAUGCGGCUUCUCCCCUGUGUUCCCCACGGCUCCAGCUGGGGCCGAGGACGGCUACGUGCCUAUGGGCCCCCAGGCGGCCGGCUCUAGUCUUCGACCCCCCUGCAGCCACGACGACUACAUCCCAAUGAGCCCAGGAAGCCUCUCGAGCCCACUGCCCGAGCUGCCGGCAGACCUGGAGCCUCCCCCAGUGAACAGAGAUCUCAAGCCUCAGAGGAAACCACGGCCUCCUCCCCUGGACCUGAGAAACCUCUCCACCAUCCGGGAACACGCGUGUGUAACCAGGACCUGCACCGUCCCUUGCAAUCGAACCAGAUUUCUCUCUCCAGAAAGAAACGGUAUUAAUUCUGCAAGAUUUUUUGCCAAUUCCGUUUCCAGAGAAGAGGAAGAAAGCUACAUCCACAUGAAUCACAGAGCGGCGCACUCGCUGAGCGGCGGCACCCUGACGUGGGCGAGGAAAUCCAGCCUGGAUUACCUGGCUCUGGACUUCAACUCGGCGUCGCCUGCGCCCGCGCAGCAGAAGCUUCUCGUCUCGGAAGAACACAGGGUCGACUACGUGCAGGUGGAUGAGCGGAAGACCCAGGCCCUCCGGAGCACAAGGCAGGAGUGGACGGACGAGCGGCAGUCCAAAGCGUGAGGCGCAGGCCGGGCCGCAAGUGGGCGAGCAAGCUCGGCGCAGGCGCGGAGCUGCUUUGCCGGAAUUGCAGCGAUGGGCGAAGCCAGUCAAGAGCCAGAGAGAAGCUGUGAUUGCCGUGAGCUUGCCAAGAAGCUUUGGGAGAGAGGAUGGAUUUGUACCCACUGAAGGGGGACAAGGGGGUGGUCUCCCAGCACCCACGCCCAUCCCUGCCGAUCCCGGCAGUGACCUUCCCGGCCACGCUGGCCAAAGGCCUCUGGGAUGCUUGCAGUUGACUCCACUGAUGUAAGAGGCAGCGAUGGAAGAUUCCAGAGCCAUGAACUAUAAUGCAGAGAACUCCAUUCAGGCAGGGUAGGAACGAUCAAAAACAAGGCUUCGGAGUGUGUUUUCUGCAGAGUUUGGUUCAGAAUCUCUUUGGUGGAGCACUUGGAGGGCGGAUCAGAGCCAUUACUGGCACCAGACAGGAUGACUUAACCCUCAGAUUUGAAAACUCUGACCCCUCUUCUGUGCUUCCCGUCCAGCCUCUGAAGACCUGGUUGGAGGGAUGAAACCCAGAGGUGGUGGCAGCAUCUAACCCUCACAGAUAAAUCAUUCCUGACCCCAAGAAAGGCAAUUUGAAUGAUGGGGGCAGUCAGCCCCGGGCCCCAGGGGGAGCACGUCAGACGCCACGGGCUGGCUGGCUCUGCCAUGGCUGCUGGCCUUUCUGGGCACGUCUUCACACGUAUCAUCUCACCUCUUUCCUAAAACACCUCAGAAGCCAGGCUUGGCAGAGACUGUUGCCCCCACUGCAAAGGCAAGAGAACAGAACCAGAAGAAGGAACUCUGCCUCCGGUCCCUCACAGAGCGAGGCAUACAACAGAGUUGUCGUAGGCUCACGCCACUGCCUCUGAGGACUGUGAUGAAGCCUACGCAUUCGGUCACCCUCGGAGACUGAGGAACACGUGCAGACACAAGAUGAGACAUCAUCGCUUCUCCCUUUCCUGUGACUUUGAGCAGGUGCUUUCUGACGUGAACGGCGUGCGUGUCCAGGCCGGUUUUCUCUGUGUGGUGUUCAGAUGGGAAGCUCCCGUUCGAAAUACCUCUUUGACAGUCACUGUGAAAUCCGUUCUUCAAUCACGUGGCACCCUUGCAGUGUGUUUCCCAUGAGCUGGCUAAUGCUGACAGAAUUUUUUGUCCCCUCGGGAAGGCACGAAUCAUCCCUGGCUGUCCUGUGCCAGACUCAAGCUUUUGAGCGAUAGGUAGUUAUGACCAGAAAACAAACACAGCACAACACAGCAGAAGACAAUGAGUUCCAUUCUCAAAUUUCCCGAUGAAUUUUCCCUUCUGUUUUAGUGAUGACUCAGUCCGGAAACCAAACGGUUCCAGUUUGUCAUGAGGGCAUCAUGUCACCCCUUCCUUGGUGGGGUGCUGAGGCCCAGGGGACCCAGAUGAAAGUCUCAGUCAGGCACGGGGUUUGACGUAACGGCCCUUGAUUCUUCUGAGCACCUGCCGCCAGAAGACAAAUUGAGCAACCGGGAAUUAAGCAGAUCCGGGGCCACCCUUCUUCCUGGCGUGGUGUCUCGUGGGACCAUGGACUGGUUAAGUGGGCAGGUAGAUGAUAGUCAGGGCCGGUCGGAGCUUGUAGGCUUUGCUGUAGGGGUUCGGGGUUCACAGUGUCCCAAAGGUGAAAUAAAUGCCAGUCUGGGCCUUUCAGACUGUUCGAGUACUUGACGUUCAAAGCAGCAGGACCUGGUCACCUCAUUUCCUUCCCGGAGGAAAGUGGGGAGAAAUUCUUGGCCAGUUUAAAUGAUAUAAGGGCCCCUUAAUGAACCUGGACAGAGAAAUGAGAGGGCCCCUGUUCCCCGCAGCCACUGCCACGUCCCAACACACAGGCCAGAGCUGGGAAGGAGCAGUCUUUGUCCCGGUGUGACUUGCAGGGAGUCACAGGGCCUCGGACCGGAAGGCAGGGCUGUUGGUUCUCCUUGAUGGUACCUGCCUUGUGCAGGCGCCCAGGUUCAGAGUCUCGGUUACCUGACCGAGGCCAGUGCAGACAAACUCUACGCCCGGGUGCCAGGAAGCGCCCAGUCUGGAGAUCAGAGAACAGCUGCACCAGGUCCACCGUGAAACAGCAUCCAACCGAGUGCCGCGCAGAGCUCCUACCUGCAGAGUGUCCCCUGGAAGCCGUGGCUGCACGGAGCAGUACACGCUCGGGUAGCGUGACCUGUUCGGGAGCUAUUCGUUUGGGAUUCCUGAAGAAGAUGACUUCACCCUCCUUUCCAGGGUGCGCAAGACCGCGCCACCCUUCAACAAGGCCGCUGCUGCACGGUACCCCGAAAGCGUGCGGGCUUGGGGCCACGCAGGGCUGACAGCAGUGGCCGCUCCCGGGAGAGGCACCGGAGGUCACAGCGAUGCCGCCAGAUCCGGCCUUCCUGCGGAGGGGAUGCAUGUGCCGUGGGGCUCUGAAUCUGACCAGGGCAAGGUCUGGGGCUUUUUUUAAAAUGGCAAUGGUCUUGGACGGCAUUCCGAGUCCAGGCGACAUGUGUGUGAGUCAGGUGCCGGGACGCCAUCCCGGAAGCCAGCAGGACAUUGUGGCCCUUGAUCCCACAUUGUUUUCUUCAUCGUUCCUUUCUGCUUUAUUUUCUUCCAUCUCGUUGCGUUAGGAAGCUCCUCCAGGUCAGGGGUCAUGUAGGGCAGGACAUCCGGCCUGCAAGUCCCUAAGGCCACAAGGUCCGGCACCUCGGGGUCCAGCUUUCCAUGGGGCGGGCAGGGCUCCAAGGCCCAGGGCCAUCCUGGAAGGUCCCAGUCCCUCUUUGGUCCCUCUUUGCUGGAGCCAGGAGAGGCAGGACUGUGGCUUCAGAUCGGGGCCAGAAAGAAGGCUCCUGUCAGCCCUCCUGGUCUCUGUUAAUACCAUAAUCAUGCCGAUGUGUGAAGAUUCCUUGUUUUUUCAUGUUUCAUUUCUAGCAUUAAUAAAAGUCACAUAAGGGGGAAUCAUACCCCAGUUGUCCCUCA